CCCCAUUUUCAUAGCCACUCAUUCAUUCAAUAAAAUAACUUCCUCUUCUUCUUCCUUCUCCUUCAUUCUCUCUGUGUGAUUCCAAUUCCAUGCCCAAAUCCCUAAUCCCCAAACAAUGGUAGCGGGGAGAGACAUCGCCGUCAACGCCGUCAUUGACGCCGGCGACAGAGCCCUCAUUUUCACCUACGGAACCUUGAAACGCAACUUCUCCAACCACCCCCUCCUCCAGGAUCUCAUGCGCACCGGCGACGCCACCUUCAUCGGACCCUACCGAACCGCCGCAAACUACCCUCUCGUCUGUGGUCCCUACAAGGUCCCCUUCCUCCUCAACCUCCCGGGGUCAGGUCAACCGGUCCACGGCGAGCUCUACUCAGUCUCCGCCCGCGGCCUCGCCCGCAUGGACGAUCUUGAAGGAAUUGACCGCAACCACUACGAGCGUCUCCCAAUCAGGCUCCUCCCUGCCGGAGGCGAGGAAGUGGCCGCGGCGGAGGCGGAGGUGGAGGCGUACUUCGCCCACCGGAGCUACGCGAUGGAGAUGUGGAAGAAGAACGGGAAGAGAGGGUUGAGGUGUUAUUCAGAGAAAGAGACGAUUGGGUAUGUGAAGCGCAAAGAUAGGCCUCAGAAUCUCACGUUCCUCGAUCACAUUCGGAACUUCCUCUCUGAUUGAACAUUUCAAUCACUGUGUGUUGUUGUUUGUUUCUCUGUUUUCAAUUCACAGAGAAGCUGUUGUGUGUUGAAUGAAAAAGUUGAAAAUCCAAACACACACUACAAUAUACAAGUACAACCCUCUUUGUUGAUGUUUGGUGAGACUGAGAGAUGGAGAUUUUGUUGAAAAUUCAGAGUGGUUGGUUAGCACAAUUGCAAGUUCCUUUUUUAUUGUGUUGUACCUUUAAUUUACCAAAUGGGAAAAAAAUCAGUACUUGUUAUCUUUCUCUAUAA